CUGAUUUUACUCUAAUAUGUGGCAUUUGUAAAUCCUGGCGAAUGGGAGGAAUUAGGGUGAAUGGUUGAAUUUUGAACAUUUACCAAUAAUAUUGUGUGGGGGAAAAUUUUUUUUCCGUGCGGUUGGAGAGAAUAUGUGAUGAAAUUGAUUUAUGGCCACCUAAUCGCGCGAAUGCAAGAUUUGUCUCUAGAUGUUUUAUUAAUUUUUGCUAGAAAUUAACCAUAGUAGUUUUCAAUAUAUAUAAAGAGAAUAGGUUUUAGACGGAAAAAUUGGUCAAGUAAAGCUCGAUUCGACACGACUAACUGAACACUACAGCAUGGAGCAAUCGGCGAUUUCUAAGUACACUGACCAAGACAUGAUCUCAGACCGUGAAGUACUGGAAGGGUACAACAGCAAGGGUCCUCUCCUCUCUUCAUAUUACGACAAGAGCAGCCUCAUUUCAUACUUCUCUUCAUGUUGUCAUCCGACGGUCAUAAGGACGAGUAUGGAGAUACACUUAUCACAGAUUGAUCUGACGGCAGCUAAAGUAGACUUUCAAAAUUACACAAUUCGGCCUUAUGGAACUAAGUCUGUAAUUAAUCUUAGCGAUUUAACCAACACUUGCGCGGUUGGUAGAAGUUACAAUCGCUUUGUCACAGAGUCGAUAAAUCGCCUAUACCUAACAUUGCAACGUCUCCUACCUGGUUACUCGGCCAACAGCUUAACUCGGACUAGUAUUCUGGCUGCCAUAAAGUUCAAGGAGGUUUCUUCUUUCAUAGUAAACCUUAGUGUCAUUAAUAUCGCCAAGUUUCUAAAUGUAAUUGACAACGCCAGAAUGAUCUUCAGGUCUGAUAAUGAACAGAUCAUUCCUGCUGAAAAAGAGCUUUUGGCAACCGCGUCAUGGAAAACGUUCAGGCAAAUAUUAAGAUUCUUGGUACAGGAAAUAGAGCGAUCGUGCCCUAAUAUUGACGCCGCUGCAGUUGUUCUGAACCGGCAUGAACGAAGAACUAUAAUGAGACUCGUGUACCAUCACUUCUCAUUGGUUUAUAGAUUAUUUGAAAAUAAGGAAGGAUUGGAGCAACGGUUAGAGGAAGCACGGAUGCUCCUUAUGGAAGAUCUGCAAACAAUGGUCACUUCUAGGAUGAACUUUGAAUGCGUCAACCUUACUACGCCUUACUUAGUUGUUUUUAUACUUGUUGUGACUUAUACUGCCCUCCACUUCAGUUUUAAUGUAGCCGACACAUAAAGGUGUCGUAAUUAACCUUCGGUAAUAACUUUAACAAGAGACUAAUCUUAAUUAGAGUAUUUGGCUUUUAUUAACAAUUUUACAAUUAAAUUUUGCCUUGCUGAACUUUAAAUGUAACUGGCAGCUGCUUCAGGUUCACGUAGGUUGAAAUAUCGGCAUCUGAAAAAACCCCUUUCAAUUAUUUUCCGUGUGAAGCUAUUUUCAUACUUCAUAUACAAAUUGUGCUGAUCAACGGUCUCAAUUUACAUCGCCUAUUAUUUCAAUGUGACUGCGCUGUUAUACCAACAUCGUCGUAGUGAUGGUUGUUGAUUUUAAAUAAUAUAAUGAUUUUAGGUAGUUUCUCGGCAAUAGUUUGUCUACUAUUUGAACCUUUUAGAACAAGGUUCAGUAUUAUUGUGCUGUAUGCCCUACACGUUUCAGCUAGUUUUUAUCGAUAGAUCGGAGUAAACGUACUUCUGGGUCCAUCCGACCAAGAUGAACGAUUCGAGAUUGUUGAAACUUUUUUCGAAUCUUGCAGUGUAGUUUUCAAUGGUCGGGCGAUGAAUGAAGGCAACUAAUUUAAAUAGACACGAGAACCUGA